AUGAUCAAAUGUAGGCUAAUCUAUCACCACUGUAUUAGUUAUUUGCACAUUUAACAGACAUCCUUUCCACUUGGGUGCGCACAGUGUAAGGUAAACACUUCGCAGCGUCACUUUUGAUCACCCCCGCUACAACAUCCUGCUCUCCAUGUGCGGCAUAAGCGUCCUGAUGUGAUGAUGUGUGUUUUUUAUCUUUUCUUUUUUUAUGCUUUUCUUCUUGCGCUGCCGCACAGCUGCUGCUUCUUUAAGAGCCACCGCCCGCCCCCUCUACUGUAUUUUUAGCUGAGCCAGCCACUUCAUUUGCUGGAUAAGACACACAGUUGUGUACCGUAUGAUCUCACUUUAUCGUUUUAAUAAAUCACAUUUUAUACUGCGUUUCUUUUUGCCGUGGGACUAUACAGCCAGCUGUUCCUUGGACAUGUAUAGAGUAGACAUUUGUCCCGCCGCUGUCGGAUGCUGAAACGCGCAUCAGCCUGUGGAUGCUUGAUGUCCAUUAUGAAACGCAGUGCUGCACUGGGUACCGAGUAUUAGGCGCAGCGCUUUUGAGAUCAAAUGAAUUACAAGAAAUUAAUUUAGCUGCGAAAUACUCCUGUGGUGCAAACGCUUCAAGGUGGUCUGGCAUCUUUCUCCUCAGCCCUCUCUCUUUCUCUCUUCUCUUGGAUUGUGGAUAACAAGAAGCCUUCAAGACGGAGGGGGUGGUGGAGCAUCGAGGAAAAAAGAGGGGCAAUAUGAGAGAGCGGGACUUCAUGCCCAAUAUGGAGAGGGGCAAACCUGCUACUUAUACGGGGGACAAAAAGGCUAAGAUGGCUGCUAAGACAAACAAGAAGUGGGUGAGACUAGCCACUGUUUUUGCAUAUGUAUUGUCUGUGUCCUUAGCAGCCAUUAUCCUGGCAAUUUACUACAGCCUGAUCUGGAAACCAACCAGCGCAUCCUCAUCUGCGGGGAAGCCGGGAGUGCCCGAGGAGGUCACCCCCACAGCAAACAUCUCAACUAAUAUUUCCACAAGCAACAAUGUCUCAGAGUGGAACUCUACACAGACUGGACUGAUGUCUGUCAACCAGACCAGGCAGGGCACGAGCCCGUACAGUCAGGGGUUUCAGUGGGAUGACAGAGCCGAGUCUGGAGCAAAUAUUGCGCACUCGCAACAGGAGGAAGGACUCUACGCAUCUUCCCACGGUCACACAAGCGAGGAGAGAUCGGACACUUUCGGGAGACAACGGUCUCAACCCGCAGGGAGCCACAACAUCCCGUCAAGCACCAGGGAGUCUGGGGACGAGGAGGACAGGGAAGCGCACAGGGCGAUUGACAAAAGCGAGCCCGACAAGGAUGCAGAUGCUGCCAUUGUUCCUCCAACACCAGCGACCAGCCGAGCCGGCCAGAGGGGAAACUGAUCGGGCCUCAUCCCCGCCACCACACCCCCCUCACACACAUCAACUGACCCUACAAGGAGUGUUUUACAGAAUCAGUGCCGCAGGUCGGAUAACACACACCUUAAACUCAUUUUGCAGAGCCCGUUAUGGAUGCUUAACUGCACAUAUUGACUGACAUCUUGCUCUCAUGACUAAGAAAAGAUGAGACCUCGCUUCUUCAGUGAACACUGUUUCCCCUUCAACACUAACUAUGCGUUUUUUUGUUUUUUGUUUUAGGCCAUCUGUAUGCCUUAAAAUCAAUGUGUGUCUACUUUACCUCGGACAGCUUCUGAGGCUACUAACCUGCCUGUGCGCGUGGACAACAUUGGUAUAAAUAUUUUAUUAAAUUAAUAGGACACAGGCUCCAGACAUGCGUUUGGUUUUGCAGGACAUAAAUAUGCCCGACAGGCUUACAACGCUAAACAUCACUGCCAUUCAUCAGCUGGUCUAAAAUCAAUACUGCAUUUUUUGCAUUUUAACAUAUAGGCUGUAUUUUCUUUUCAUGGACCAAGCCUGGAUUCCAAGUAGAAGAACCUGCAUUGUUGAGUUAUGCUCAGGUAUGUGCAUAUAACCAUGUAAAUGUAUUGUGUAUUUGGUUAUACAUAUGAGGCAGGCAUACAUCUUUUGGGCCUUGAUUAACUUUUAGUGUAAUUAGAAGAUUUUUAUUAAAAGGUACAGUAUGUAUGAUAGGUAUAACUAUAUCAUACAAAUAAACAUCCUUAGAAAGUGA